AUGGAUUGGGGUCUGUGGCUGUAUGUGUGUUUUUUCAUGGGCCUGAUUAUUUUAGCUUUGAAGCUAAGAUUAAGAAAGUCGGUACAUGGCCUCCGGGAGCUCCCGUGCCUGCCAUGCUUCCCGUUCAUCGGCAGUCUGCUGAGUCUACGAAGUGUCCAUCCGCCUCAUGUGCUUUUCAAGAAACUACAAGAGAAAUACGGGCAGACAUAUUCGCUGAUGAUGGGCUCACAUCGAGUCAUCAUUGUCAACCACUACUCGCACGCUAAAGAAGUGCUGCUGAAGAAGGGCAAGAUAUUUGCGGGGAGACCAAGAACAGUAACCACAGAUGUGCUGACAAGAGAUGGGAAAGACAUCGCCUUUGGAGACUACAGUGCUUCUUGGAAGUUCCACAGGAAACUUGUCCAUGGAGCUCUGCACAUGUUUGGACAUGGGUCUGCCUCAAUUGAGAAGAUCAUCUGCACACAGGCCCAGUCUCUUUGCUCUAUCAUGACCGAGAAAGCUGCCGCUGAAGCUCCUGUGGACUUUUCUCCCGACCUGACGCGGGUUGUCACCAACGUCAUCUGUUCACUGUGUUUCAACUCCACGUACCCAAUAGGAGAUCCUGAGUUCGAGGCCAUUCUUCAUUACAGCCAGGGAAUUGUGGACACUGUUGCCAAAGACAGCUUGGUGGAUAUUUUCCCAUGGUUACAGGUUCUUCCUAAUGCAGACCUGCGUCUCCUGAAACAAUGUGUUGCAGUCCGUGACAAACUUCUACACAAGAAAUAUGAAGAACACAAGGCACAGUACAGUGACAAUCUGCAGAGAGACCUGAUAGACGCUCUACUCAGAGCGAAGCACAAUGCGGAGAACAACAACACGGCAGAGGCGAAUUCCGAGGCUUUGGGCCUUAGCGAUGACCACAUCCUCAUGACUGUGGGGGACAUCUUUGGAGCCGGGGCGGAAACCACCAUCACUGUCCUCAGAUGGGCCAUCAUCUACCUUAUCCAUUACCCGGAGGUGCAGACACGUAUCCAGGAGGAGCUCGACAGCAAGUUAGGAAAAGAAUGCAGCCCCGUCCUCAGUGAUAGAGGCAGUCUGCCUUACCUCAAGGCCACCAUCAAGGAGGUUUUGAGGAUCCGCCCAGUUUCGCCUCUCCUCAUUCCUCAUGUGGCCCUUGAGGACACAAGCAUUGGAAAUUUCAAAGUGCGAAAGGGGACCAGAGUCAUCGUCAACCUGUGGUCACUGCACUUUGAUGAGCAAGAAUGGAAACAACCCGAGCUUUUCGACCCAGGCCGAUUUUUGAAUAGUGACGGCACAGGUCUGAUCAACCCAUCAUCCAGCUACAUGCCGUUUGGUGCCGGGGUCAGGGUGUGUGUUGGUGAGGCCUUGGCGAAGAUGGAAAUUUUUAUCUUCCUCUCGUGGAUUCUUCAGCGCUUCACAUUCUCGAGCCCACCCGGUCAACCUCCUCCCUCCUUGGAGGGUAAAUUUGGUGUGGUCCUUCAACCAGCUAAGUACAAGGUGACUGUCACACCCAGAUAAAGUUAAAAGGCAGACAAAAGCCAGCUCUGCUAGCUUUGUGUUUG